UGCUCCGUGUCACCGGGCUCGAUUUUGAGCCCGGUGACACCAAGAGUGCCACCGUGUUUAGCUCUCAAACUUGGCCGAAAUUAUCGGAAUCUCGGGAAUUCUGACAUUUUGGCGAAUUUUUCUUCAAAAAGUCAGCUUUUUCUUGGAUUCCAAAAAAGCAGGAAAGUGUCAGUGUGGUGUGACUAGAUAGGGCGUGGGUUGUGGCCGCUCCUAGGGGUGCAAUCAGGCUACAGAGUGUUUAAUCCCGCCGAAAUGUGGGAGCUCCUGGGCGCCAUGUCUGGCUGCCCUGUGCAGGGCAGCCGGCCGAAAAGAAAACGACGCCAAUUUUUCCACGUGGCGCCCCACUCCCGGCAAGCCUUGUUGCUGCAAAAUGCUCAUGUGUCACUCGAAAGUCACCACCCAUGUUUCUGACGGGUGUCCAAGCUCUAACUACUUGAAGCAAAGUGCGCGGACAAAGUAGAACAGGAAAAGCCACUCAGCGUUAGUAUAAGGCUACGAAGAUGGAGGUCGUCAGCACCUUUCUGGUCUGACAUUCCAUAGAUCUGUUCCAGUCUCUUAACAUCGCAAGAGCAGGCUUUUUGAAUACUACUGGGGCACGCGCGCCUGCAAGGUGAAGCAAGUUCUAGCAGUUCCCAAUGAUUUACAAGCGAGGAUCUUGAUCUGUCACAUCGGCGGCCGAUAGACAUAUUGAUGAUGAUGCUCGAUAGAUUGAUGAUCUUCACUUUACGCAGACGCAAGCGUGGAAGAUAGACAGGAAGGAUCGGUACUUUUUUUGUUGUGACACGAGAAGAGCUUGCUAGCAGCAACCAAGCAGGUGGAGACGAGACGGUGUAACUGUCACGUCAAACCACGUGUUUUUUUUUACUUAAUUUUUUCCUCGCAGUUACGACACGACAUGCAAACCCAAACCCAAACUCCCUCCCCGAAUGGCUCCCACGCAAAAGCAAAAGGACGUAUUCAGUAGUACUUAAGUACAACUAGGAUUACCGUGCUGUACUUUGUAAUCGAAAUUUGGAUAUGGUAUAUUGUUAUUCGCCGCGAUUAUAGAACAGUACUUCCUACCCUUUCCCUUGGUGAUGAUGAUGUCAUUAUUGCUACCCAGAUGAAACUUCCGUUUGAGGGCACAAGAAACCGCAAGAUUGACUCAGAACUGAAAUCCCCCCCUCAAAUGUUGACACAUUGAUGAGCAGGUUGCGGAUAGAAAUAGAAAUUGGGAGCGUCGUCCACCGAAGAGCCUGGAAAUAGCGGCCCGGUUUUUUUGAUCGUUCGACAAUGUAGUGAAAGACGUCCACCUGGUAGUGAAAGACGUCCACCUUUUUUCUGAUCGUGAUCAUCGUUUUGGUGCCGAGGCCGUGCUUGGGCGGUGGUCACGAGACAGGUUGGAAUGGCUCUGGAGGAGCUAGUGCUACUGCAGCUAGAGACACCUCUUCCCGGGCGCAGCUUGCGGUACCCAGAAGCGGCUCUGUGGAAGAACAAAUUAACCACGUCUACUACAUGCCUAAUCUCGGAAGCAGUCACACUCAAACGUUUGAAAACCUGCUGUAUGUUGACCCAGCAAAUGCUCCUGCAGCUGCGAGAGAUGGAGGAGAGAGGAACUUCGAUGGUAACUACCACGAGAAGAUCGUCUCACCGCACGCUGACACAGGCACAGCCACGGUUUUUCCCACGACGCACGCAACGGCACCACCGCCUGAACAACAGACCGGUGGGCCGCGGCAUUUUCAUGAGCACCAGUUUUACGUCAGUGGCGCAGCGGCUUCUACGUCUUCAGCACCUUCUGAUAAUAUUUUGCCGAAAAGUACCGAUCAAAGCGAUGAGGAUGUGGCAACGGUCGUGGUAGAGGAUGGACCUGUACAGGAUGACGGUGAGGUAGAAUAUUCAGACGCCGUUCUUCAACCCCGCAUAAGAAGAAGAGCGACUCUUGCUUCGGUGUCCGACGGUCGUGACGACGACGCGCUCCACGCCCCCGGGCAGAAUCACGACAGGCAAAAGACCAGCAGGAACAGCCACCAUUUUCACAUUGCGUCGUCGGGGCGCAAAGACGUCGGCGCUUCGUCUCAUCAGCGCCAAGAAGUAGUAGAAAGCCGCCGCUCGCCAUCAGCAGCCGCAAUGGAACAAUACAACUUCGAGGAAGACGUGACAGAAUUCGUCAGCCCCAACCUCAUGAACCUGUUGCUACUUCUAAAGAACUCGACCCAUUUAUCUGUCGAGUUACCCUUCUGGAACACUUUGAUCCUCACCAUUCUCGCUUGCAUUGGAGUGUACUAUCUCUGUGCGCGGACAAAGUAGAACAGGAAAAGCCACUCAGCGUUAAUACGAGGCUAUGAAGAAGCUGGAGGUCCUGGCUAUUACCUUUCUG